AAAACCCGCCCCUUUUUUUUUCCUUGUCUGCAGGGUUCUUUGAAACCCUAGUGUUCCUUUUCUGAAAUUCUUCUCACUAGAUCAUUCUUGACGAAUUCUUCCAUUGGAUUUCCUCUUCUCGUUCAGCUCCGAUUUCUCAAAGGUUUUAACGAGAAUUUCUUCUCGAUUUUGUGUUUUCGUGGCCGGAGCAGUAGCGCACACGACCUGUUCGACGAAAGUUCCCUGAGAAAAAGAGACUGGUGAUUUAAAUUGGCCUUGGUUCUGAAACAUAAUCAUCAAAACAAGUAUCUCAAAGUUUUGUAGUUCACAGCAAGUGAGGAAGAUGACAACCACUUGGAUGCAUUGUUCAGAUUCAUCACUAUGCACAUGGUACAAGUCACCUGGUACCAUGGGGAAAUCUAUGAAAGCACGAGUGCUGUUUGUUAACCGCACGAGUCCUAGGUCAUGUUUUGGCUUUUGGAAGUUCAGUAAAAAGAGACAGUUCAUGCUUGAAGAGGCCUCAGAAAAAUUUUCUGGAAAUAUCUUUCCUGCGCCGAAGCAUCUUAGAUAUGCUGCAAAUGGAGGAAAUGGCUAUCGUAAUUUAACUACAAAGGAUCAGUUCAAUGAUGAGCCAUUUUGGUUGAGUUUGAUCAGGGAUGUCAUCUGGAGUGUGAGAUAUUUAGUUGAUUUUUUGGUUGAGCAGCCUAGUCAGUUGAAGUACAUAGAGUGGCCACAGUUUCAAACAACACUGAAAACUGCUGCUCUUACCCUUGUUCUUGUGGCCAUUCUCAUCGUUGCAUUAGCGACCAUCGACUCUGGUUUAUGUUAUAUACUGGCUUUCUUUCUCAGCAGACCUGCUUAAUAACAGCGAUGUUGUUGUCGAAAUUUAGAAUACAAGAACUUGUCAAAGACAACUCAUUCUUGUAAUAUUUCUCUUCAUUAUGAGUACCAAAUCUUUUGGAGAUUAUCUGGAGAAUGAUCGUGUAUAUAUAUAUAUAUAUAUAUAUAUAUGUAUGACAUGAAAGUUUGGGGUGACAAUAUUAUAUUCAAUUACAUGCUAAUCAUUUGUGAUUAGCUAACGAUUACUUCCUGA